AUGUCCCGCCAUGAGAAAGCGAAGAGUGGCUUUCUGGACACAUGGUUCGGGAGGCCGAAGAAGGCGGGCGGCGGCAUCGAGCGCGGCUACGAGACGGUGCCGAGAGGGACCGAGCCGCGCGCCGAGGAGGACGAGCCGUCCGCCGCCGCCGAAUACACCAGCAAGAUCGACGCACUUGACGAUACGCAGUUGCAACGACGCUUCGAAGAGAUGCUGACCGACAUGAACAUCAGUGAAGAAAAGAAAGAACCACUAAGAAAAUACUCGAGGGAUCAAAAGAAAAAAAUGCUGGUUGCCUACAAGUUUGUAAAUGCCCAGGAAGGUCGUUCAAAGUUCGAGAAACCCUCGGACUACGUGGCAUAUCUCAACCAGCCGGAGUUGUCGGUGGGCAAGCUUCAUGGUUGCCUCGAGAACCUACGAAUCGCACUCACAAACAAUCCGCUCUCAUGGAUACAAGAGUUUGGGACCAAAGGGAUUGAAAGUCUGUUAACAACACUCAACAUCUGUUACACAAAUGAUUCGCGGUACGACCGAGUACAGUACGAGUGCAUCCGCUGCUUGUCAGCCAUCCUCAACAAUACGGUGGGCAUUCGUACUGUGUUCGAAUGUCGCGAGGCUCUGCCCGUACUCGCUCGCAGUCUCGACGCGCGCAAGCCGCACUGUGCACUGGAAGCCGCCAAGGUGUUGGCAGCCAUCUGUUUGAUACCCAAUGGUCACGAGAAAGUCUUGGAGGCGAUCACAAUGGCGGGCGAGUCGAGUAGACGGCCACGUCUACUAUCCAUCAUCGAAUGCUUGGAUAGCAAAUCGCCCGAGAGCUUAAAGAAUGGUUGCAUGCAACUAAUGAAUGCAAUAAUCACAGAGCCUGAAGAGUUGGAGUUCCGGAUGCACUUGCGGAGCGAGUUCAUGAGAACUGGACUCUAUGAUUUGAUCGAUGAGCUCAGAGCUGGUGCUGAAGGGGCCAGACAGAUCCAAAUGAAUGUAUUCGACAAUCAUGCCUCUGCUGAUCAGGAUGAAUUCCUUGCCAAGUUUGAUGACGUCAGAGUGGAUUUUAAUGACCCUAAUGAAUGCUUUGAACUUGUGAAGAACUUAGUAAUGGACAGCCCCGCUGAGCCGUAUUUACUGUCAAUUUUACAACACUUGUUAUUUAUACGAGAUGAUGAGUUAAUAAGGCCAGCUUAUUACAAACUUAUAGAAGAAUGUGUAACCCAAAUAGUACUGCAUAAAAACGGAUAUGAUCCGGAUUUUCGAGCGACACAGCGAUUUAAUAUCGAUGUACAGCCUCUUAUCGAUGGACUUAUAGAAAAAUCAAGAGCAGAGGAAGAGCGGAAGAUCGACGAAUUAAAAUCAAAACUAGAAGCGGCGAUUGCUGCAAGACAAGAGGCCGAGGCGAGGGCGGCGCACUUGGAGGACCGGCUGAAGCAGGCCUCCGCGCCCACCGGGCCCGGCGGCGUCUCGCAAGGAAAUAUCGCUGCUAUUGCCAAGGCAAUUGGCAGUCCCGGAGGGCCUCCUCCACCGCCGCCGCCGCCAAUGCCUGGAGGAGGUGGGCCGCCUCCUCCCCCGCCACCGCCGAUGCCAUCAGGUGCGGGCGGGCCUCCCCCUCCGCCCCCGCCGCCGCUGCCGGGGUCGGGCGCGCGCGCGCCGCCGCCGCCGCCGCUGCCAGGCGCGGGCGCGCCGCCGCCGCCAAUGAUGGGCGGACCCCGGCCCCCGCCGCCGCCUUUCGGCGGACCCAUGCCCCCAAGAAUGGCACAACCAGACGUUCUGCCUUACGGACUAAAACCCAAAAAGAAAUGGGAAGUAGAGGGUCCACUCAAAAGGGCUAAUUGGAAGACAAUAGGACCGCAGAAAAUGUCAGAGAAAGCAUUCUGGGUUAAGGUUCAAGAAGAUAAACUCGCUUCACCCGACAUUCUCAGCGGCUUAGCACAGAAAUUCUCCAGCAAACCUGUCGCUAAAAAGAAUGAAGAUGCAGUUGACAAAGUGUACACGCUGAAGAAAGUGAAGGAUCUGAAAGUGUUGGACAGCAAGGCGGCGCAAAAUCUUUCCAUUCUGCUCGGCGGCUCGCUAAAACAUCUCUCAUACGAGCACAUACGUACGUGUGUGCUGCGAUGCGACACCACCGUGCUUACAGCCAACGUGCUCGACUUAUUAAUACAGUACCUACCUCCAGCGGAUCAGCUUAAGAAGCUAUCGGAACUGAAGUGCAAGAGCGAAGAGUUGACGGAAGCUGAGCAGUUCGCUGCAACAGUUGCAGAUAUUAAACGGCUCGUGCCCCGAUUGAGGAGUUUAGCAUUUAGGGAACAUUACGCUGAAAUUAUAUCCGAAGUUAAACCGGAUAUUGUAUCCGGCACGGCGGCGUGUGAAGAAGUCAAAUCUAGUGGGAAGUUUGCUAAAAUAUUAGAGCUGCUAUUGCUACUUGGAAAUUAUAUGAAUACGGGUUCAAAUAACGCCGGCGCGUACGGAUUUGAAAUAAGUUUUCUUACUAAGUUGACUGCCACUAAAGAUCUGGAGAACAAGCAAACACUACUACAUUAUUUAGUCGCAACAUUAGAAAGCAAGUUCCCUGACUGCUUGUCGUUCGCCGAAGAAAUGCCACAUAUAGACAGGGCGGCGCGAGUGUCAUUGGAGAACGUGCAGAAGUCUUUAAAGAAGAUGGAGAAUGACAUCAAAGCAUUAGAAAUGGAUCUGAACAAUUCCCGAGUACCACAGAGUCCGGAUGACUUGUUCCAUGAGACCAUGAGUUCAUUUGCAAAAGAGGCACGGGAACAGUGCGACCUACUCCACUCGAUGUUCCGCAAGAUGGAGGCGUUGUACGGCGAAUUGGCGGAGUACUACGUUUUCGACCCGCACAAGUACACACUGGAGGAAUUCUUCUCAGAUAUCAAAACCUUUAAGGACUCGUUUGCUGCGGCACACCAGGAGAAUUUAGUAGCGAGGGAAACGGAAGAGCGAGCGAGAAGAGCGCGGGAAGCAAGAGUGGCCGCAGAGCGCGAGCGCAGGGACCGCCAGCACCGCUACAAGCAGUUCGUCGACAUGGAGCGAGCGCAGGACGGCGUCAUGGACAGUUUGAUGGAGGCGCUACAAAGCGGGUCAGCAUUCAGCAGAGAGCGGCCUCGGAAAAAGGCUAACCCCAGAGUAGCAGGAGCUGAACGAAGAGCCCAGCUAAGUCGAUCGCGCUCUCGUUCCGGUCUAACAGGGCCGCUCACAACUCGAGAACUGACUAACGAGCUGCUGAGCAACGCGUGA